AUGCCUUGUGCCUGCAGUACAUACCACCAACGUCGAUUGUAUUUACUGGGAUGCUCCACUGACCUCACCGCUCUUAUUACGUCGAAACUCAUUCUGCGACUUCAUAAGCGCUAUGGUGCUAUCGGUGUCUUGGAUCCAUCUCAUCAGCAAUUCGCAUUGCAGUUUUAUUACAUUCACCCUCUUUUUCAUCGCUCCAUCGAUCAUUACUUCUCUAUUAUACGGUAUUUACAAUAUACCAUGAACACACAUUGGGUAGAAUUUAGUUACGAAUUCCCUAUUUUCUUUUUUGAAGUACGACCUGCCAGUCUAAAGUUGCCUUCUUCCAUAUUUGCAACCCUCUUUCGUGUAUUCGACAUGCUUACGUGUGGUUUUAGAUCCUGGUUUCCCAACAACCCCACUUGUCUUACUUUUUCAUGUUUUGCUAUGUGGUCACGGCUCGUAGAAGGUCUCAUGCGAUCUUUGGGUUCCUGUGAAAACAUCUCCUUUCCUUAA